AUGUUUUUAGAUAAUAAUAAUUUAUUGGAAAGUGUAGGCUUAUAUAAUUAAUCUUCUAUUCAUUAUUUACAUUUUGAUAGUAAUAGCAAUCAAUUGAAUUAAAUUUAUAAUGUUUAUAAUGUUUCAGAAAAAUUAAAUAAAACUUAUUUUGCAGAAGGUUCUGUUCUUUAUAAUGAUAAAAUUUAUCUUUUAACUUGGUUAGAAAGAAAAGUGUUAGUUUUUGAUAAACUAUUGUAAAAAAAAGAAGAUAAUAAUAUCGAUUUACCUGAAUAAAUAUAAGAAGGAUGGGGUAUUGCACUUUAUUAAGAUUAUUUUAUUAUUAGUGAUGGAACUGAAUAUAUUUAUUUUGUUGAUCCUACAAACUUUAAAUUCAUUAAAAAGAUUAAAGUUGUAGAUAAACAUAAAAAAGUUUAUAAAUAUUUGAAUGAACUUGAAAUUUAUAAAGGAAAAUUAUUGGCUAAUCAAUAUUAUACUAAUAAUAUAUUGGUUAUUAAUUUAGAAACUGGAGUUGUAGAAAAAUUGUAUAAUUUAAUAGAAUUAUCGUAAGAAAUAUAAAAAGAUAUGGAUGAUAAAUACUAUAUACAAAAUGGGUUUGUAUUAAAUGGAAUCGCUUAUAAUAGUUAAUUGGAUAUAUUACUUGUAACAGGAAAAAAAUGGCCAAAAGUAUAUUAAAUAAGAUUAAUUUGA